AACAGCGGUGGUGCACGAGCUGGUCUAAAGAGAGAGAAAGAGAGAGAGACAUAGACACAGACAAAGAGAGAGAGAGAGAGAGAGAGAGAGAGAGAGACGGUGGUAGAGGAGGAGUAGAAGGAGGAGAUGUGAGCGGCGGACGGACGGUGGCUGGAGGAGCAGUUGAAGCUGCUGAAUUAUUUGAGGACAAUACCCCGGCUUCUCUUCUUAUUUAUCUUCGUAUUGUCUUCUAAUUAUCUAUUUAUUAUCUGUCUGUCUGUCCGGCAGGCUGGGUUAUUUGGCUUGCCUUAGAGAGGGAGGACAGCGGACACGGACGGGCGCGCGGAGCGAAGAGGAGCUGAGCUGAGCUGAGCGGAGCGCGUGCGUGCGCUCGCGGUCUGGGCUCGCCGAGGCGCGCGCUGGCUGAUAUCCGCGGAUAUAUAAUAAACACGGAGCUGGGCGCUGCUGGCUUGUUUACGUGCGGUGUAGCUGUUGCAGGAGCUCGCGUGGACAUGAGGACCUGUGUGGAUUGAUUGUGAAUUGUGGACUGAACGAAUCACUGACUGUCUGAAGGAAUAAAUGGAUAAAUGACAGUCACUGACACACACACACACACAGACACUCUCUCUCUUCUCUCAUACACACAUUCUCUGUGUGUGUGCAUGUGUCUUCACCAGGCUACUUGAUGCUGCCGAGCUGAGGAAACCCGUGUUUUUGCUGCUUCUGCUGUGUGAACUUGUGUAAAAAUGUAAGUAAACAGUGGCCAUAUUUAACCACAGCACGUCCCUGACUCAACAGACCGUCUUGUUUUGGAGUGUGCUUCACUGAAAACCCGAGUUACAAGUCAGUAUCUCCAGGUUUCAGAGGCUUUUUCGGCUUUUUCUCGUCGUUUGUGACUUCUGAGCUUAUUUUUUGUGUACAGAAGAAAAUAUAAGCUUAAUGAUGAGGUCCUCAUGCUGUUGCUGGUGCUGCUUGAUGGCAUGCAUCCACCUCCUCCAAACAAGCAGCUAACUAACAUCUUCAAGAGCUGUCCUGUCUACAGCCACUGGGAAAGCUAACCUAUCUAACCUAGGUUAGCCAGAUAAGCAGCUCUCAGACUCUAUAAAUCUGUAACCUUCUACAGGAGCUUCCACGUCUCCUGAGCUUUCUGAGCCUGCUGAGACUGACACCAAACACCUGCACCAUGUCUAAAACCCUGAAGAGAAAGAAGCACUGGUCCACCAAAGUGCAGGAGUGCGCGGUGUCGUGGGGAGGAGUGGGGGAGUUCGGCGCGGUGGUGGAGAUCCUGGGGGGCGCCGAGCUCGGAGAGUUCCCCUUCCUCGGCCAGAUGAACCUGGAUGUUCUCGUGUGCCACGCCGGGAGGCUUCCGUACUACGGAGACGUUCUGCUGGAGGUCAACGGCACGCCCGUGAGCGGACUCACCAACCGCGACACGCACGCGGUCAUCCGGCACUUCAGGGAGCCCGUGCGCAUUAAGACGGUCAAACCAGGCAAAGUGCUGAACACAGAUUUGAGGCAUUACCUCAGUCUGCAGUUCCAGAAAGGAUCACUGGACCACAAACUGCAGCAAGUCAUCCGAGACAACCUCUACCUGCGCACCAUACCAUGUACUACCAGGCUGCCGAGAGAUGGAGAAGUUCCAGGAGUGGACUAUAACUUCAUCAGUGUGAACGAUUUCAGGAUCCUGGAGGAGAGUGGGCUACUACUGGAAAGUGGAACUUAUGAUGGAAACUACUAUGGCACACCCAAACCUCCUGCAGAGCCCAACUUGGUUCAGCCUGAUCUGGUGGACCAGGUUCUGUUUGAGGAAGAGUUUGGCACAGAAGUCCAACGCAAGCGCACCACAUCUGUCAGCAAAAUGGACCGCAAGGACAGCGUUGUCCCAGAAGAAGAAGAUGAUGAGGAACGGCCAGCGCUGCCAAAUGGCCUUCCAGAGGGAAGUGAAGAGUGGAGGAGGCCGGUGCCCAGCUACACUCAGUCCAGCAGCAGUGGGGGGAUUCGUGGAGGAAGCAGCAGCAGCGGUGGGGAGCUUCGUACCUGGAGCUCCCUGCCCAGAGACGACAGCCUCGAACCACUGCCGUAUAACUGGGAGAUGGCCUACACAGAAACGGGCAUGGUUUACUUCAUCGACCACAACACCAAAUCUACCACAUGGCUGGAUCCUCGUCUCGCCAAGAAAGCCAAACCUCCUGAAAAGUGUGAAGAUGGAGAGCUUCCAUAUGGCUGGGAGGAGAUUGAAGACCCACAGUACGGCACAUACUAUGUAGAUCACAUAAACCAAAGAACCCAGUUUGAGAACCCGGUUUUGGAGGCAAAGAGAAAACUCGGACAGGAGACUGCAGUAGCAACUCAGAGCCAAAAGGGGGCAGCACCUCCUCCAGGUGCUGAUGUGUGUGCCCCAGGCUUCACGAGAGACCCCACUCAGCUAAAGGGGGAUCUGUACCACACAGCCCUGAGGAAAAGCUCUCAGGGCUUUGGUUUCACCAUCAUCGGAGGAGAUCGUCCUGAUGAGUUUCUCCAGGUAAAGAACGUGUUGGCGGACGGACCGGCCGCUCACGACAACAAGAUGUCUUCAGGUGAUGUAAUCGUUGAGAUCAAUGGCGCUCUGGUUCUGGGUAAGACCCACGCUGAUGUGGUCCAGAUGUUCCAGUGCAUCCCCAUCAACCAGUAUGUAGACAUGGUUCUGUGCCGCGGCUACUCGCUGCCCCCGGACGUUGAAGAGGACAGUGAAGAUCUUCCACCCCCUCCUCCUCCUCCACCUGCAGUGGGUGAGGUGGUGACGGCCGUGCCGCUCAUUAACGGGCAGCCGCUGCUGGUGAAGGGCGAGGCGCUGCACGGCUCGUCUCAGGAGCUGCACUACGUCACCACGGACGCCAGCGGACGGCCUGUGGUGGCCGCGUUGCCUGGGGGGGCAGGCGAGACGCAUGAGGGGGCCAUGCUGCAGCCGGAGUUGGUGAGCGUGCCACUGGUGAAGGGCCCUGGUGGGUUUGGCUUUGCCAUAGCAGACUGCCCGCUGGGUCAGAAGGUGAAGAUGAUCCUGGACGCACAGUGGUGCCGUGGCCUGCUGAAGGGAGACGUCAUUAAAGAGAUCAACCGGCAGAACGUUCAGACGCUGAGCCAUGCACAGGUGGUGGACAUCCUCAAGGAGCUUCCUGUGGGGAGCGAGGUCAACCUGCUAGUGCUUAGAGGAGGUCAAACUUCGCCAGUGAAGAGUCUGAGACCAAGACAGGAAAUGAGCACCAGUCUGGAGGCUCUGGAUCGCUGCCAUGACGUUGGAGCUCCCCAGGCACUCACAUACUACUCAAGCACGUUGCCCUGUAGCUCACCCAGACGAGACACCUCCCUCCACCGAACCAAACCCAAAGCAACAGUGGACACCACCUUGCCUCAGUAUAAAGAGCUGGAUGUGUUUAUAAAGAGAGACCAGGAGACAGGAUUUGGCUUCCGUGUGCUUGGUGGGGAAGGACCUGAACAGCCAGUGUAUAUUGGAGCCAUUAUACCACAGGGAGCUGCAGAAAAGGAUGGGCGUCUGUGGGCAGGGGAUGAGCUGAUGGGCAUCGAUGGUAUCACAGUGAAGGGAAAAUCUCACAAGCAGGUGCUGGAUCUGAUGACCAAUGCUGCACGAAACGGACAGGUCCUGCUGUCUGUCCGCAGAAAAGUCAUCUACAGGGAUGUGGGAGAUAAUGAUGAUGAGGAUGAUGGGGUGCAGAGUGUGGCUCCAGUGCUGGUCAAUGGCUCUCCCAGACCCCCACGCAUUCAAGUGCCAAGUGUCCUGGACCAUGAAUCUUUUGAUAUUACACUCCAUCGUAAAGACAGUGAAGGCUUCGGCUUCGUCAUCCUCACUUCAAAAAGCAAGCCCCCGCCUGGAGUAAUUCCUCAUAAGAUCGGCCGUAUCAUUGAGGGAAGCCCAACAGACCGGUGCGGUCUACUGAGCGUCGGGGAUCGUAUAUCUGCUGUUAAUGGCCAGUCCAUCAUAGAGCUUUCUCACAAUGACAUUGUGCAGCUUAUCAAAGACGCCGGCCACACUGUCACUCUCACAGUGGUUCCUGAGGAUGAAUACAAAGGCCCGCCCUCGGGAGCCAGCUCAGCCAAACAGAGUCCCGCACCACAGCACAGGACACUGAAAUCCACCACACAGGAGGAGAGGUAUAACCUGGAUAUGGAGGAGAUGAGGGAUGAACUGGCCUGGGCAGAGUAUAAAACGCUCCCCAUUACUGAGAAAGGAACACUGUGUGUCACAGGAUCCAAACAGGGCUGUAUUUUAGUAGAGCUGGAGCGCGGCUCUCGAGGUUUCGGCUUCAGUCUGAGAGGAGGGACGGAGUAUAAUAUGGGGCUCUAUAUCUUGCGAUUGGCUGAGGAUGGCCCUGCCCUUCUUGAUGGCAGGAUUCAAGUUGGAGAUCAGAUAGUGGAGAUCAAUGGAGAGCCCACACAGGGGAUCAGUCACACUAGAGCCAUUGAACUGAUUCAGGCUGGAGGCAACAAAGUACUGCUUCUUCUGAGACCUGGACAGGGACUCGUAUCUGACAACAGCACUUCAGCAGCAGAUCCAAAAGUCUCUUCACCUCUAAGCGCUUCUGGUGAUGUUUUCCUCCCAGAGCCGUUGUCAUCUGAUGCUUCUGCCUUUUCAUUCUGUUCACCCUGCCAACCGUCCUCACUCUCCUCUUGCUCGGCGAAGGUAAGCUCCUCCGCCCUCUCUCCAGAGCUUUCUCCAGAGCUUUCUCCACAUUCCAAGACCAGCUUGUCAUCACGCCACAAAGAACUCAACAAAGAGAGGGUCUCCAAGCAUCGAGACCCUGAGUUUCCCACAGCCUCUGAGCCAAGACCUGUCAAGAGAAGUCAGUCUAGAGAGAACAGCAUUAACCAUGAUGCUACAAGUGCAAGAAAAACUAAUGAGAAAAAGCGUAACGAUCCAUCUAAAACCAAAGACUGCUCUCGCAACUCUCGCAACUCUCACAGAUCUAAAGAGAGCCUAUCAGAACCUGCACAAGAGCCCAGCAUUCACAGGAAGUCCAGCAAACAUCAGCAGAGUCACGCAGCACAAGAUAAGUCAAAUCAGGAAGAUCAAGAAGCAUCCAUCCAGUAUCCAUCAGUGAAGGAUACUGGAGGCAAUCGGUCAAAAAGAACGUCUCGAAAGGAAGACAAGAAAGACAGCAGUGAGAAGGUGGAGAAGGACCAUACGAGAGAGAGACGGAGAAGCAGCAAGAAAGAGGGCGUGGACAGAGAGAGAGCAGAACGAAAAGUACAAGAAGAAGAGAAUUUGGCGAAAAAGAUGGAGGCAGACGAGGAGGCGGAGCUAAAAAGUACCUUGAGAAGAAAGAAGCAAUUACAGGAGGAGAAGAAAGACAGAGAAUCCAUCAAAUCCAGAGAAAAGGAGAGCAAAGGUCAUCACAAACAUAAAGAAGAACAUGAAGACGAGAAGAGAAUUGAGAGGAGGAGGAGGAGGAGUAAAGAAGUGCAAAGUGGUUCAAAGAGGAAAAGUGAGGUGGAAAAAAGGGAUAUGCAGAUUUACAAUACGGAAACACAGCAAAGAGAGGACCGCAAUGAAAGCGAGGAAGAGGAAGAGGAAGACUCACCAGAGAGCCCAACACUCAGCUCAGCACUCAGCAGCUCCAUGCUCAGCAUACAAGGGCAGACUGGCAUUGGCCUCUGGAAGGUCCCGAGCUCUGCACGCAUUCUCACCCGCGAGGAGGUGAUGCGCGACUUUUACGGGUAGCUAAGGCACGCACAUUCAUUUGGGCAUUGUGGAUUGAUUUGGAGCUGCUCCUCUCUUUGCUUUUCUUUCACCAGAAAAUAAGUAUGAUUUGCUAAUUUCACACUUAAACUGUCGUUUACAAGCUUGACCUACACAUGCUACCCAGAUAGUAGAAUAGUAGAUGAAGAAUUGGCCUGAAACUCGUCAUCAGCCAUGUGGAAUUGAGGCGAAUAUGGUUUCUACUCGGCAACCAGGGUGUUGGCACGUGCAGCUUGGGCCAAUAAUUCAAUUAUACUCAGCAACCGGGGUGUUGAUACAUCAGUCUGAAAAUUAAAUGAAGUGAUUUUUGCUAUCUGGGUAACGUCUUACGUGGCAUGGUAUACGAUGGCUUUCACUGUGCCCUCUAAAUUAAACCACUUGAUGGGUGAAAACUUAAAAAAAAAUGGACUUGCUGCUAUUUUUGGACCUCAAGCAAAAGGCACCCAGUUUUGCCUGCCUUGCCUCAAAUUUUGUCUCUGCAUUUUGUGCCAAUUGCCAACAUUUUUUUUGCUCUCCAUCACAAUGCACUUCAUCCAUAUGCAAUGAAAGGGAUCCACACUCCCUACCAGUCGCCAAAAUAAAGAACAAACAUCAGUUUGAGUUUUUCUAAAUACCCUGUAAUCAUGUUCCCUGGACCCUGAAGAGUGUUCAAUUAUUGCAUGCAAAAAAAAAACAAAAAAACAUGACCCUCAUCCCUCCAGUUGCUUUGUCGCAUGCCUUUUUUUAACAUGCCAGUAAAGGAUGUCUUUCAACCAGACUCUAAUAUCCGACACAAGGAGGCUCAAGGCUAACUGUUUUCUCCAGCAACUAGCUUUACCAAGGACUUUUCUAGACUGUUCUCUGACUUUAACACGCCCGUAUCCUUGAUCUUCAAACCAUAUUAUUGCAAACGACCAGAAACUUGUGCUUUAAUAUCUUCUUUGCCAUUUGUAUGGAACCUGUGUAAGUUACUGAAAUAUGUAUAUGAGCAUAGAGACAUGUAGCCAUAUCGAACCAUUGAAAACGACGUGUAGAGUUCCAAAGUACCUAGUAAGCACCGUGGUAGAUUUACCUUGUAGCAGCUACUUUUGACUCAUCACGAGAUCUAACGGUACGUGCAGGAGUGUCUGUAAAUGUCACGUGAUCUUGGGCACAUCAUUUUCUUGCACUUUCCCCAGAUGUCCAUCUCCAAACUGAAUGCAAAUGAAGGGGAUGUAAGCAUUCCGACACUUCGACUGAUGGGAGAAUAUCAUUAUUUUUGGAUGACUCUGUUUCAUACUCAUUCAGAUGUCUCGGUGAUCAGUGUAAAUUAUAAAUCAUAACUGUCAGGUAAAAAGUUUAUAUCUCCAAAAUGGUUGUUUUACAGCUUAUCUUUCAGCUCUUAAAGAUUUUGGUAAUAUUUUGGUAGUUACCUUUGAAGGGUACAUACAGAGGGGCUUCAUAAUGCAUUCAUACGCACUGAAAAAUACAUUUAGAAAGCAAUACUUUAAUAUUUAUGAGCAUAAUAGAAUAAGACAUGAAAUAAAUGAGACUGUGCAUAGAAAACAUGUAUGCGUGUAGAAUAUCCAAAAUGUGUAUAAAGUUCAUAUUAUAUACAUAUGUUAAAUUUAAAUUUAAAUAUAUCUAAAAUACUAUACAUACAUUCCCACCCCCAGCCCCCUCUUAAUCUCACCAGGACAUUGCUUGCCUUUUAAAAAGUAUAUGUUUCAGCCUCAUGAAGGAAUUUGAAGCCCUAAACCAAAGAGAUGAGUCAUAUGAUAUUGUUUCAUUUAUAACAUUAUGAGCACUAAUAAUUAUGAAGCAUGAUGCCUAUAGGAUAUAGAGAUUAUGAGACAUGUCUAUCUAUUAAAUAUGGAUGGCAUAUAGUUCUGUGAAUGAUAUUAAAGUCAUCAGUCUAAAGUAUUAGAACAUGUUUUAUCUAAUUAACUUCAUUAAGCAGAUUGUAUUGGACAUAAGGUGACAAAAUAAAGGUAAAAAAUAAUUAAUACAUUAAUGAACUGUUUAAAUUAUCAGAGUGGCUAAAAAAACAUUACAACAAAUGAACAUUAUUUGUAACAAACACAAAAGUUACAAAUAGAGCUUCAUGCUUCUUACUAAAUCUGAAAUAUAUACACAUAUCAAAAUUAAUAUUCUAUUCAACAUGUAUGCAUGUUAUGUCAGUACUAGGGGUGGGCGAUAUGGCUCUAAAAUAAUAUCACGAUAUUUCAGGGUAUUUUUGCGAUAACGAUAUACUUUGCGAUAUAGAAAAAACAGAAAAAUAAUUAAUUAAUUUCAGGAAUAUAGUAUAAGAGUAUAAUCAUAAUGUGGCAAAAUAAAUAAUAUAGCAUAAAAAAAUAUAAUGCAGCAAAUAAUACUGCAGAAUAUUUAGUGCAUGCAUAUAAACUGCAAACUAAAACAAUUAUACAAUAAAUACACCUAAAGCUUCACAGUAAAUAAUAGACUACUUUUAAGACCGAACAGCCCUAUUAUCACGAUAUGGAUUUUUAAUAUCACGAUAUUUCUGUGUCACGAUAUAUUGUAUACGAUAUGAUAUUGCCCACCCCUAGUCAGUACAGCCUUAUUUUUUAAUGUCAAAUUAUGAGUACUGGCAUACUGAAGCUCUUAUAUAUGUACCCUUCAUAAAAAGUGUUAAAAGAGCAUUUCUAUUGGUGCAUUUAUCUUAAAGCAUGAUGAAAAGCAACUGCUGGGUUCAAAUUGUCAAAAAAAAGGAAACAAAAAAAAUGCCAAAAAUGGGGAUGCAGACUUUUUAUUCUUGACAGAGUCAAAAUGAAUUAGUAUAUAUGCCAGCCCAUAGUGAGUGGAAAUUGAAAAAUAUGUUUUUCCUUAUUCAUUAUUAAUAAUAUUCCAUGAAUGAUUCAUUGUUGCUCAUGAGAAAAUGUUGUGUGUAGCAUCAUUAAGGGCUGAUUUCAGCGGUACAGAGGUUCAGUGGUAGUUGUACUGUUUGAUAGAUGAACUAUGGUUGGGUAGCUGACACACUCUAUCAAUACCAAAGGAUUGGCGGCCAUCUAGUGUGUGUUGUUCUCUGUGUGUGUGUGUCACGUAAUUCACCUCAGGGUAUGAACUGAUGAUGUGUACAGUAGUCGAUGGUCAUGUGUGAUAGCGUAGACAUAUUCAAGUCAUUCAGUGCCACGGCGUUUUGCUCUGUUCUGCAGCCAAUAAUCAAUCACUAGAACUCGCCCGCUUCCGUUAUUCACCAGUUAUAAAUGAUAUCGAGUUCAGCGAUAUCCCAACAGAUCAGGUUUGGCACCACUUAAUGUCAGGGACAUCCAACUGAAUUUUAGUUAAAUGUGUUUUAGAAAUGGACACAGUUUAAAAAUAAAGUGAGAUCACACCAUGUUCCUCACCGAGUAGAUUCAGCAACGUUCAAGCCACCGCUUUUAGAAAUGUUGCAGAAUGAAAUGAUGUGAUCUCGCAUCGUUUCAUCACAGGUGGUGGAAUCCUGAAGGUCUUAUAUGGUCUAUAUCAUGUGGUCCAAGAUGUAAAUGUUUAAAUAUUGUACAGCACCUUUAUAAAUAUGUUGUUGAGUGCUCUCUCAGAAGAACGAAUAGAGAUCUGUAAAUUCGCUCCAUUAUUUUUGUAUUUAAGUAUUUAAAAGAAAAGAUUUAAAGUGGAUCAGAUGCUAAGAUAACCCUGUCCUGGUGUUCUAUUCAUGCACUGUAAAAUAAAGGUUUAUGGGAAAAGAGA